GCUCAAUGACAGUCGAGCGUUGGCUAAGGCUCCGGGCAAAGGAUCUAGCCAUGCUGCAUGUGACCCGGGGGGUCUGGGGAUCCAGGGUCCGAAUAUGGCCCCUGUUGCCGGCAUCCCUCAGGCCCCCCCGGGCGUUGUCGUCACUGGCGGCCAAGAUAGGGGAGUACCGCAAGAUGUGGAACCCCACAGAGCCCCGCGACUGGGCCCAUCAGUACCGUGAAAGAUUCAUCCCAUUCUCCAAGGAGCAGCUGCUCCGCCUACUGAUACAGGAAUUCCACUCCAGUCCUACGCAGAAGGCUACUCUUGAGGAGUUCUCGGCCCAUGCGGAUUUCUGCACCUUGUUUCACUACCACCAUAUCCUGGCACGACUGCAGGCUUUGUAUGAUCCUAUUAACCCUGACAGGGAGACCCUGGAUGAGCCAUCACUCACGGACCCCCAGCGUCUAUCCAAUGAACAGGAGGUGCUUCGGGCUCUGGAGCCCCUGCUGGCCCAGGCCAACUUUUCCCCGCUGUCUGAGGAUGCCCUGGCUUAUGCUCUGGCGGUGCAUCACCCUCAUGAUGAGGUCCAGGUGGCAAUAGAUUUGGAUCAGUAUAUCUACAUGCAGUUCUGGGCUCUGGGCCAGCGAGUUGGGCACAUGCCCCUUAAGUCCAGCGUGGGCUCCAAGCGUGGCUUCUUCAUCAAGUCACCCCCUACAGAGAGGAGAUACUUUAAGCGGGUGGUGCUGGCAGCCCGAACAAAGCGGGGGCACCUGGUUCUGAAGAGCUUCAAGGACACACCUUUGGAGGGCCUGGAGCAGCUGCUGCCGGAGCUGAAGGUGCGCACACCCACCCUGCAGCGGGCACUGCUCAACCUCACGCUCCUGGUCUCUGGUGUGAUGUUUUUCGUCAACGUGGGCAUGGUGGUUGUGUCAGACCUCAAGAUGGCCACCUCCCUGCUGCUGCUGCUGUUCGCUGCCUUCAUGGGCCUGCGUGCCUCCAAGAUGUUCGGACAGCUGCGCAAUGUGCAGGCUCUGGAGCUGGCCCACAUGCUCUACUAUCGCAGCACGUCCAACAACUCAGAGUUGCUUAGUGCGCUGGCCCAGCGUGCCCAGGAUGAACAUACCAAGGAGGCGCUGCUGGCACACAGCUUCCUGGCUAGGAGGCCCGAGGGUGCGAGCGACUUGCCAGAGGAAACCUCCAGGUGGCUCCAGUCUGAAGUGGAAACUUGGCUCCUGGCACAGUCAGGCUGUGAAGUGGCCUUCAAUGGAACUCGGGCCCUGGCCCACCUGCAAGCCCUGACCCCCAGCAUCGGGAUGUAUCCGCCCCCAGGUUUCCCCAAGCUAGACCCGUUGACUACAGUUACCUCCAAGUUCCCCCUGGCGGCACCCAGUAGUGAGCAUCCAUGACAGAAUCGUCUGCACUGCCCGGCUCAGCCACCUGGUUAGGGCCGUAAGGUCCGACUAAGCUCCGCCUUCCCCACGGCAAGCUGUCAGUCACAGCUGCUAGGCUUUAUCGCUCCCCAUUUUCUAGUCACUGGCAAUGGCUUCCUGUUACAUUAAGUCUUAAAUCCGCCAAUCAAGGCGGCCUGCACUCUCUGGCCCCACCUCUUCUGGUGAAGAGCCAAUCAUAGCUUGUUGGCUCAGCUUCUAGUCCAUCUCUUAGUCCCACCCUCAUUGGCUGAGGAUGGCACAGUUGUUAACAGUACCCUCCUAGGGCUAUAUAUCAUUGUCUUUUUAGCCUGUACUGGGCGAACUGCCCUUCAUACUCACCAAGGCGGAGCUCCAGUCCACAGCCAAUGAGGUAUUUUUUUAGUCCUUUCCUCUGGCAAAUUGCCAGUGACAGCUGCUGGGCACCACCAACCUUAGGAGCCAGUUGUUGCUGCCUAGAAGCAAUCAGUCAGAAUUUCUAAAGGAAACCUGAUCUUUCUGUCUAUUGCCUCUGCUUAUAAGACAGGCAAGCAGGCUGGCAUCUGGCAGCCACUGACCAGCUUGCCUAGGCUAAAGGGAUUGGGGUCUGUGCCAGGCACAGAUCUAUGGGCCAGAAGGAACCAGAGACCAUUCUCACUCCAAGACUCACUUCCACUGGGCCUCCCACAACCUCAGGUGCCUUCCCUCCCCAGGCCCCUCACCCCUUCUACAGAAACUACCUCCGUCUGCAUUUUCACCACAGCCUUGGCCUGUGCAAUAUUUAUCAUCUAUCUGUUUCUCCCAUCCUCUCUUCAAAAGAAAUAAAUCAUGUUUAACGUAC